AUGUCUGAACGCCGAGAUUCCACGUGUCAAAAACAUGAAUUGCCGAAAUCAUUGCAAGGUACAGAGGAUGCCGAGUUCGUUUGGAGUAUGAUAACUGAAAGAUUUCCAAAUGCUGCACCGCUUUUAUGUGAAAUGGAAGCAGUUAUCGAUCGAGCAGAAGAUCUUCUCCAACAACUGAGGGCACCUUGUCGUGAAAUUGAGACAUCAACCUCUUUCUGCACGCAAGAUUCGGAAGAAUCAACUGCAAUGAUUUCCGCUAAGGAAUCAGCUACCGAAAACGAUAUUAUAGAAAGUGAUACCAUAAACAAGAACGUGGCAGAAACACAAGUUUCUGAAAGCAGUAUGUAUGGAACGGAAAUCAAUUUGAAUAACCAGAGUCAAGAUUCAGUUAUUAAAGAACAGGAUACCGAAAGUCAAUCGUUUGAUUUGAUUACGCUAAAUCAUAAUUCUAAUAUACGGAAACAUUCUAGUGACGAAUCUUCUUCACUUACUAUUGAAACAAAUAACUAUCAAAUGGCAAAAGAGGCGCAUAGCUUAGAAGAAUGGGGUAAAAUAGUAGAUAAUGCUCUACGAGAAAAUACCGACGAGGUACAAUCUGUUAAAAAAACAAUUAAUAUGUUCGAAAAACGUGUCAAUUGUGAAGAAACAAAAACAGAAAGUUACAUAAAUAAGCACGAGGACUCUUGCAUUAUCCUGCAUCGUCAAGAAACAGAUGCUGGUGAUUCUGUUUUACAAAUUACUCCCGAACGAAACAUGAAACCUCCAAAAUUGAUCGAAAUUAAUGAUGGAAUAAACGUUUCAAUCAAAGGUAGUGGUGACGAAAAUUCACCGAUAGUUGACCUACGGACACCGUUGAACAUCUUAGAAACUUAUGCGAAACGUUGCAAAACCUCGGUCGAAUACGAAUAUAAUGAAAGUCCGCAUCGUCUCAAAUCAAGCGUUUAUGUGAUACGUGGAAAUCUUGGUGGAUUUGCUGCAACGUGUAGAGGUUUCUCCGAAGAAUCAACCAAAAACGAUCUGGCCGCGACAAUUCUGCAAAUGAUUGCAAACAAGCAAAUGAAGGACGAGAAACUUGGCACUCUCGCCGAUCUUACGCGUGAAGAAUUGUUAGAAAUAAUUAAUCUAGGGAUGGACGGUCUGAGAGAAACUGCUCAAAGAAAGUUGUACCAACUUUGCCUUGAAAAAGAUGUAUCGGUUCCAAAGUAUACUGUAGAAAAGGAGAAAACGUAUCAGGGUUUAACUUAUGUCGCCACUUGUUCCGCGCUAGGCUACACUAGCGAAGGUCGUGGCUUGAGAGAAUGUGUGGCCAAGAAAGCAGCAGCUGACGAGUUGUACCAUCAAUACUAUGAAGAUGAGAAAGCAAGACUGAAGGUAAGCUUCUUUUUUUUUUUCAAAAUUAUCUCAUGAUAUUACGGUAUCUUAGUAACGAUCCAAGGCAAUUGGCCGGUCUUCUUGAAAGACCAAUAGUCGUAAAGUAAUUUUCCGAUGAUUAAAAAUAUCAGAAAUGCAAGAAUGAUAUUUAAGAUGUCCAAGGGAUGGAUUAUAGAAUCUUCGUCGGAAGAAACGCAGAUUUCGGUGCGUUUCAAGUCUCUUAUCUUUGAAAAAUAUAUUUCGAUAGAUAUUUUGUUUUAGAGAAAUUAAUUAAUGAAAAAAAUUAUUGAUCCAAUGUACUUAAAAAACUUACGAUUCUAUCGGAAUUAUCGUCCCCAUUGUUAGGCGAACAUCUGACAUCGUUGAUAUCUUUUAUUAGAUUCGUGUAUCUAAUUAGAAGAUCCUAUAAAUUAUUUAAACUUCAAUUCAUCUUCAGUCAUCAACGUUUGAUAUUUUGUGAUCUCUUCAAUAAAUAGAAAAAAAAAAAAAAGGAAUAUCCAUUGUCUUUCAUUGUCUUUAUUUAUUUACUUUACCUGGAAACCUGGUGUGAAAAGGCAGUCGCACGUCCAUGGAUUUUUCCCAAGAUACAAACUUACUGCGUUCCCAUUGUGUUGUAACACAUUUUCCAGAGCAUAUGUCGGCAGCUGAAAGAGAAGGAGAGGAGAAGUUUAUCGGUUCAAUCCCUUAAUUCUUAAUUAACGAUUCUAAUUCCAUCGAAAUUAAAUGCAAAUCCCUUUGUUGUUUUUUUGUUUCAGUAACAUGUUUUCCAAUCAUCGAAAAUCAAAUACAAACAUCCGUUAGUUUGUUUCCACGAAGACUGAACAAUCGAAAAUGAUCCAUCCAACUAGAUCCCUCCAAUUGAACGAUCGAUUCGAUUUUAUUACCAUCCAAAUACAGGUCUAUCACUCCCUUGUACACAGGAUUCGUUGUAAGUGGCCCCAAAUCCUUUAUCUGCGAUUCAAAGUCCUAUGUUUUUCUCUCUCUUUCUCUCUUUUGUUAUCGACGAAGAAAACUUGGAAAUGUCAAUUAUCAGUAUCGCAACCUUGUUUCCAGAUAAAUGAAGAGUGGUAGUGUUUGCGGGCAAAAAGCUUGGCAUCUCGGUUAAUCCACGAUGGCUACAAUUUACCGAAGCAAAAGCCAUUAAUUGCUUGUAAAUGUGCUUUCCUCCGUUACCAACCACGUAUACCAAUUCACAUUCACAUACAGUCUUUGUACACUCCUCUUUCAAAGUCUGAAAUAGUAAAUUUAUCAAGUUUCGAAAGAUCUACAGAUCUAUAGAUUAAUGAUCGUUGUUACGAAUAAACUAUAAUAUACGAAAUCACAUGAUUACACUGAUUAUUUCUACAACUGGAAUCAAUGCCCUGCCAUCGUAGGGAACCGUGCAACGCAGAUAUUCUUUAUCGGCGAUUUUAUGCCCCAGAGAACCCUUUUCUCUGCUCAAUAUCCACUUCGCAUCCUCCGUGCAUUUCAAAGGAUUACCUUUAUGAAUGAUGAAUUUUUAUUACAUUUUUUUUUUCAUUAUUAAAAUUAGAUUAUAUAAAAAUGUUAACGAAUAUUUAAUUUUUUACCAGAGAGAUAAAUGUGAUGUAAAGAAGGGAUGUUAAAAGUUUCAACGUCGACCUCUGGAAAACUGUUAUUUCGAAUAUCGAGGAUCUUCAAGCUCGAAAGAUUGGCAAAUGCAUUUUCUGGAAGUUCCUUUAAUCUAGUCCCAGUUAUUUCUAUUUUCUAAAGAAGGAAAGAAGAAGAAAUCUCGCGUCGAUGAAAGCAAAAUCGAUUUAACGUCGGAGAAAGAAAGAAACGAGCAAACCUCAAUCGAUCGAGAUUCGUUUGGAAAUGAUGAAAUUAAUGUGGUUAAAUUUCCUUUUUUCAUUUCAAGCUUUUUUAAGGAGGGAAAUCCCUGCAGAACAUCCUGAGGAUCGAAAAUCGGCAGCGGCCAAUAGCAAAACACCAACGUUCGUACGUUUUGACCUCUAAACAAUUAAAUAUCCUUUUCCUCUCUUAUUUAAAUACUUGUUAGUAAGAUGAUAGUGAUAAUCACCCGUUCCUCCAUUUAUCCUCGAGACCGUGAAAACAAACCAAACGAUGAUCAUGUUGCUUGCACAACGUGCUCGUGUUUGACUUUGUUUGAUACAAAUCACAAUUUUCUUCGUACGUGUGAACCAAUGAAAAUUGCAAAUUUAUCCAGAAAAAUAUC